AAGAGCGGUUUCCUGUCAACUCAGUUCAUUCGUCCGCUGAUACUUUCAUACAUUUGCAGCCAUGGAAGAGGCCAAAAACAAAGAAAAUAAACCCACUGAUAAGACCGAUGAAAAGGACAAGGACAAGGAGAAGGGGCAGCAGGCCUCUGGGAAGGAUAAGGACAAGAAAGAGGAGCAAGAACUGUCUGAAGAGGACAAGCAGUUGCAAGAAGAUCUGGAAAUGAUGGUUGAGAGACUGAGUGAAAAGAACACAGCCUUGUAUAAACCUGCGUUGGAGGAGCUGCGCAGACAGAUCCGCUCGUCGACCACCUCUAUGACUUCGGUCCCCAAGCCCCUGAAAUUCCUUCGCCCUCACUAUGGCAAACUCAAAGAAAUAUAUGAUGGCAUGGCUGCUGGAGAGAACAAGAGGUUCUGUGCUGAUGUCGUGUCCGUGUUGGCCAUGACCAUGAGCGGUGAACGAGAGUGUCUCAAGUACCGUCUGUUGGGAUCACAAGAAGAGUUGGCUUCAUGGGGACAUGAAUAUGUCAGGCAUCUCGCUGGUGAAGUUGCUAAAGAGUGGCAGGAGGUGGAGGAAAAUGACAAAACUCAACAGGAGACUCUGCUCAAACUGGUGAAGGAAAUCGUUCCGUACAACAUGGCGCACAAUGCUGAACACGAGGCCUGCGAUCUGCUCAUGGAGAUCGAGAGGCUGGACAUGCUGGAGGACUACAUCGAUGAGAAUGCCUAUGGAAAAGUCUGUCUUUAUCUCACCAGCUGUGUGAGCUAUGUUCCUGAACCAGAGAACUCGGCGUUGCUGAGAUGUGCCUUGAACAUCUUCAGGAAGUUCAACCGUUAUCCAGAGGCACUCCGACUGGCCCUUAUGCUCAAUGACGUAGAACUGGUAGAAAACAUCUUCACAUCCUGCAAAGACAUUGUAAGUGAGAAACAGUUGGCCUUCAUGCUCGGUCGUCACGGCAUGUUCCUGGAGCUGAACGAGGAUGUGGAGGACUAUGAGGACCUAACAGAAAUCAUGUCAAACGUGCAGCUAAACAGCAACUUUCUGGCUUUGGCCCGAGAGUUGGACAUUAUGGAACCAAAAGUCCCUGAUGAUAUCUACAAAACACAUUUGGAAAACAACAGAUUUGGUGGUAGCGGCUCCCAGGUGGACUCUGCUCGUAUGAAUCUGGCCUCUUCAUUCGUCAACGGCUUUGUCAACGCCGCUUUUGGGCAAGACAAGCUGCUCACAGAUGACGGCAACAAAUGGCUUUAUAAGAACAAGGAUCAUGGUAUGUUGAGUGCUGCAGCGUCACUGGGAAUGAUCCUUCUCUGGGAUGUGGAUGGUGGUCUGACCCAAAUAGACAAAUAUCUGUAUUCAUCUGAAGACUACAUUAAGUCUGGUGCUCUCCUGGCCUGUGGUAUCGUAAACUCUGGUGUAAGAAAUGAGUGCGACCCUGCCCUUGCCCUGCUUUCAGAUUAUGUCCUUCACAACAGCAACACAAUGAGGAUAGGGGCCAUCUUUGGUCUGGGGUUGGCCUACGCUGGAUCAAACCGAGAAGAUGUGCUCUCUCUGCUUCUUCCUGUCAUGGGAGACUCCAAAUCAAGCAUGGAGGUAGUGGGAGUGACAGCGAUUGCGUGCGGUAUGAUUGCUGUGGGUUCUUGUAACGGCGACGUGACCUCCACCAUCGUUCAGACCAUUAUGGAGAAGAACGAGACGGAGCUGAAGGACACGUAUGCAAGAUGGCUGCCGUUAGGCCUUGGACUCAACCACCUCGGUAAAGGAGAGGCAAUCGAGACUACUCUGGCAGCUCUACAAGUUGUUCCAGAACCUUUCCGUAGCUUUGCAAAUACAUUAGUGGAUAUCUGUGCAUAUGCAGGCUCUGGUAAUGUCCUGAAAGUGCAACAGCUGCUUCACAUCUGCAGUGAGCACUAUGAAGCUAAAGAGAAAGACAAAGAGGACGACAAAGACAAGAAAGACAAGAAGGACAAAGAUAAAAAGGAGACGCCAGCGGACAUGGGCUCACACCAGGGCGUGGCUGUUCUUGGGAUUGCGCUGAUUGCAAUGGGAGAGGAGAUCGGUUCCGAAAUGGCCCUGCGGACAUUUGGACAUCUGCUUCGUUACGGUGAGCCCACUCUGAGGCGAGCGGUGCCUUUAGCUCUGGCUCUCAUCUCCGUCUCCAACCCUCGACUCAACAUCCUGGACACGCUCAGCAAGUUCUCCCACGACGCUGACGCAGAGGUCUCCCACAACUCCAUCUUUGCCAUGGGCAUGGUGGGCAGUGGUACAAAUAAUGCCCGCCUUGCCGCCAUGCUGAGACAGCUAGCUCAGUAUCACGCCAAGGACCCCAACAACCUGUUCAUGGUCCGUUUGGCACAGGGCCUGACACAUCUGGGCAAAGGCACCCUCACUCUGUGUCCGUAUCACAGCGACCGGCAGCUCAUGAGUCAAGUGGCCGUGGCUGGACUCCUCACUGUUCUCGUGUCUUUCCUUGACGUCAAAAACAUAAUCCUGGGGAAAUCUCACUACAUCCUCUAUGGUCUGGUGGCCGCCAUGCAGCCACGUAUGCUGGUUACCUUUGACGAGGAGCUGAGGCCGCUUCCUGUAUCAGUGAGAGUUGGACAGGCUGUAGAUGUUGUGGGCCAGGCCGGUAAACCAAAGGCCAUCACAGGUUUCCAGACACACACCACGCCGGUGCUGCUGGCUCACGGAGAGAGGGCGGAACUGGCGACUGAAGAGUACAUCCCCGUCACCCCCAUCCUGGAGGGCUUUGUCAUCCUCCGCAAAAAUCCCAACUAUGAAACCUAGACCGCACCCACACUCUACUCUCCCACUCCCCCUUUCCCAGACUGGCAUCCUCGUGCGUUUUAAGGAUGCACUGCGUAACUUUUCAGGUUGGGCAUUUGCUUUUCCUCUGUUUUUCAAUAUGGAAUUAUGCAUUUAUUCAGUUUUGGGUGUUUUUAUUGCUCAAACAUACCUUUUAAAAACAUGCAUUGAAAUACUAGAGGUAAAGCAAUAACAUCCCCAUGGAAACAAGCAACUGGCAGGCCCAUACCAGAAAAGUUACACAGUGUACCUUUUUAGCCCAGACGUUGUAUACUCUUUUGUUGAUGGUUGAAAACAGUCCUUUUUCAGCUCCAACAGUCAGUGAAUAUAAAUAACUCGAGGCGAUUUACUAUUGAAUGUCACUAUGACCUCAUUCCCUCUGCAAUUAAUUUGUUCCAUGUCUCUACCGCCGGUUGUUCAAAUUGAGGGACUGGGAAAGCCCCUUUUUUCUAACUCUGUCACUCAGAUUGGCUUUUACAGUUGUUUUUCUGCUCUGUGCAAAUCCACGGUAGCCUUUUGUAAUUAGAAAUAAAAUAUGUAUUCAUCACGUUUUGCUUUUUGUUACAGUACUGUUAAAGGUUAUAUAAAUAAAACUUGUUUCCCUCCGA